AGGUGUGUUCAUUCCUUCACUCCCUCGUUGAGCUCUUUGCUCUUUGCACUGUCCACCACUUUUCUGCAGUCCACCAUUGUUUGCAGCAGUCACUUGUUUUUUCAGUCCAUUCCGUAAAAAGGAGACGUAUUAGACAUGGCCUCUGGUGUGCUUAUAAGUGAUGAGGUGGUCCAAGUCUAUAAUAAUAUGAAAGUGCGCUCUCAUGGUACUGAUGAAAAGGAACGCUACAAACUAUUGCUGAUGUGCCUAAGUGAAGACCAAAAGAGCAUUAUUGUCGACCACAAAUCCUCACUGAAGGUCAAAGAUGUCGAGGGUGUACAAAAUGUCUUCCAAAAGGUUGUCAGUAUGCUCCCGCCGAAAGACUGUUGCUAUGGCCUGUAUGACUGCAACUAUGAGACUAAGGAAAGUCAAAAGGAGGACCUGAUCUUCAUCUAUUGGGCUCCUGAAGAUGCACCCCUGAAAAAGAAAAUGGUCAGCGCAAGCUCAAAAGUAUCCUUGAAGAGCAAAUUCACUGGAGUGAAAUUCGAAUGGCAGUUAAAUGAUGUUGCAGACAAGGAAAUGUGUACUCUCGUGGACAAACUGGGUGCUGGAAAAGUUAAGUCUAUAGAGGGAAUAAAAGUUUAAAGCUUCAGGCACCAAAUCUCCUUAAAAUCUAAGUUGGAUCAUCUUUUUGUACUGUAGAUCAAAUGAUUUGGGUAAUAUAAAUAAGUGGUUAACACUUUUCAAAAAGAUGGUCUAAUUUUUGCACAAUGUAUGUGUUACAUCAAUCAGAAGACUUUUCUUAUAGAGAAAAGAAUCUUUAAAAAUUACUGACUUUACACAAUAGAAAUGGAAAGUUAGAAUUUAGUUUUUGAACAUUAUACAGCAAAUAUAAAAAUAUACAAAAUAAACAGUUUUUGCAAUCCCAGAAUGUUUUUUUUUUCAUUAAUAAAUGUAAUGGACAUUAUUAAAUUCAAUUAAAUAAGAAAAAUACACAUGUUAUUUAGGGGGUCCAACCACAAAUUGCUUGUAAACUUGGAAUUGUUAGGAUUUUUUUUAACUA